CGCGCUGAAGUGAGUGGUCACAGAAACAUUUUACUCUCUCGCGAGUUCUCACGUGGAUUUAAAAGUUUUUAUAGUUGCGGUAAUUUAGACACCGGCUGAAGAAAAUAACAAAGAAAAACAGAAAAGGCCUUACCACAAGUUCAAACUUAGAGGUCAAUUUUUCUCGGACUAUAAGCGGUGUAGUGCAACAACAAACGUAAUAGUUUCUCAUAAUUCAUACUUUCACAUGAUGGCUGACUACAGCAUCCGCAGCAGACAAGAGAGUACCGAAAGUUUGGCCUCGUCCUCGGCGGUCACCAGUGAAGAGUAUUCAGACGAUGACAAAGAAAAGGAUGGGUACGAUAUUGAUGAUUUCAAUAUCAUCAAGACGAUAGGAACUGGAACUUUUGGUAGAGUUCUUUUAUGCAAAAAUAAAGAGACCGAAGAAUAUGGCGCCAUGAAAGUAUUAUGUCUUGCUGAUGUUAUAAGACUAAAACAAGUGGAACAUGUUAAAAAUGAAAAGAGCAUCCUAAAAGAAAUUAGACAUCCAUUUAUAGUGAAUUUAUUAUGGUGCGACAGAGAUGAAAUCUGCAUCUAUAUGCUCUUCGAAUAUGUAUGUGGAGGGGAGUUAUUCUCAUAUCUUAGAAAUGCAGGAAGAUUUACUUCAUCAACUGCAAAUUUCUAUUCAGCAGAAAUUGUUUCUGCAUUAGAAUAUCUACAUUCUAAAAGUAUCGUUUAUAGAGACCUUAAGCCUGAGAACUUAUUAUUGGAUAAAGAAGGUCACUUAAAAAUUACAGAUUUCGGGUUCGCUAAGAAACUUAAUGAUAGAACGUGGACCUUGUGUGGGACUCCUGAAUAUCUAGCUCCAGAGAUUAUACAGAGCAAAGGACAUAAUAAGGCUGUAGACUGGUGGGCUUUAGGAGUAUUAAUAUAUGAAAUGUUAGCUGGAUUUCCACCAUUCUACGAUGACAAUCCAUUUGGUAUAUAUGAAAAAAUUUUAAGUGGAAAGAUCGAAUGGCCAAGGCAUUUAGAUACAAUUGCUAAGGAUCUUAUUAAAAAGCUUUUAGUCCAGGAUCGAACGAAAAGAUUAGGAAAUAUGAAGAGUGGUGCCGAUGAUAUCAAGAGGCAUAGAUGGUUUAAAGGAAUCGAUUGGUGCGAAGUUAACUUAAGAAAACUUACUCCUCCUAUCAUACCGAGGAUAAGUUAUGAAGGCGAUUCCAGCAACUUUGAUGACUAUCCAGAAGCGGAUUGGAAAUCUACUAGAACAUUGGAAGAUUCGGAGUUAAAACUGUUUGAAGAUUUUUAACAAUUUUAAAAAUCUUUAAUUGUUAUUUAAUAAUUUUAUAAAUUUUGUUGAAACCAUCCUAGUGUAUAAUUUGUAAGUAGACAAAGUUUUAAUAGCAACUUUUUGAUUUUUUUAUUUAGUAUCAAUAAUUAUUAUUAUUUAUGUAUUUCUUUUAGUACUUUUCCUCCUAUAAAAUAGUUUUACAAGGUUCUGCUUUAAUAUCGAAAAGAGUAUACAAGAUUAUAUAGGAUAUAAUAUAGCAAGUUUCCUUAAAAAACUACUGAGAAGCUGCUACGUUUGGUUUAUAUAUAAAUCAAAUCAAAACAAAAUAUAUGAAGUGCACAAAAAUGAAUUAACAUCUUAAUCUGAAAGUAGACAACCAUACCUACAAAUAUGCCUCCACUUUUCCCUACCUAGUCUCAAUAAUAAAUGACAACAACACCAUCAGUCAAGAAAUGCUCUAAGCUUAGAAUUUACAAAACAGUAAUUAGACCAGUAGUCGUCACAUAUGGAUGUGAAACGUGAAUUCUCUCCACCACUGAUGAAAAUCAACUGAGAAUAUUUGAGCGCAAAAUACUAAGGAAGAUAUUUGGACCAACCCAAUGUAGCGAUGGUUCGUGGAGAAUUAAAAUGAACCACGAGCUGGAUGAACUAAUGCAGAGCGCAGAUAUUGUUAGAUGUGUAAAGUCACAAAGACUAAACUGGCUAUGGUCACCUAGAAAGAAUGCCAGAUAAUCGAGCUGUAAAAGUAGUCCAGAGAUGGAAGCCUCAAGGAAACAGAACAAGAGUAAGGCCCCGUAAAAGAUGGAUAGACGACGUAGAGAGGGAUCUUAAAACCAAGAACAUCAGGUAGUGGCAAAGGAAAGUAUCCGAUAUGGCAGCAUGAAAUAAUAUUGUUAAGCAGGCCAAGACUCACGAAAGGUUGUAGAGCCAUUAGAAGAAGAAGAAGAAGAAAAAGCUAGCAAAUACAAUCAUCAUUUUUAAGUUUUUUAAGUGCUAAAAUUUGAAGUACAUAAGUAGGUCUGUCAAUAACUUUAAAUAGUUCCUCUAAAUAUAUAUUAAGGGUAUGUUAUAAACACUUUGUCUACGCUUAUAAUUUUACUGGGACCUUAAUUGUGAUAUUGAAUAGAUAAGAUUAGUAAUAAGUUGUAAACUUUUUAUUUUCGAGUGAUUCGUAAUUAUCUAGAACUUAGUAUUUAUUUUCUAACAUGCUGGAAUUAACGGAAAUAAACAUUUUUAGUCAUUCCUUUUCACAUGAGUGUUAAUAACGUUUGAUUGUACUGGCGCCUUUAAGGAAAGUUUGAAAUAUUACGUUUAAAUUACAUACAGGAUGUUUGAAGGGUUUUUUUUCUUACAUUUCUAUUAAUGACAGUAAAUAAUACCACAGUACUUCAGUCAAACUGCGGAAUUUGUGUCGAUGCCGACAAAUUAAUUAGAUAAUUUUACUGUAAGCUCAAUACUGAUUUUUAAGAGUGUUAUAUGAAAGUUACAAAAGUUAUAGCAGUUUAAUUUGUUAAUUUACAUGUUGAUGGAUUUUUAUAUCGUAUAACUACGCCUAUUCAUCUUGUCACGAGUGCAUACGCAGUCGUCAUAUUUUUCGUACUGUUUUGAUCAUCAAUUGAGAGAUUAGGCAUCAUUAGAUAGUUUUCAGAGAUAUUUUUAUUUGUUACUUGUUUACUACACAAACACUAUCUAUAAUUUUUUAUUCUAAUUCUUGAUGUCAAUCAGUUUUCAUUACUUGCCGAAAUAUAUUAAUUACCAACAAUAAUUUUAUAUUAUAUAAUCAAUAAAAUGGACCACUUAAUAUUUUAAGGCAAACAUGACUAAUGCAUGUACCUACUGAAUAUAUGUUUCUUUAUUUUCGUAUUUUUUUGCAAUGACUAUAAUUACUUCAGUAUUUUUUUAUCUUAUAUAUUUAUGUGUUCACAGGUUCUUUAUUUUUAUUUAUAUUACUAACCUAAUCUUACUGAAUUUGUGAUGAAAAAGCCUAUUCUCAUGCCUAUUCUCAUGCUCUCAUGAAGGGAAAUGAGAUGCAUACAUUCCCGUUCCAAAUCAGGCAUCCACGUCGGAAAGAAUGAUAUUGGAUGAAACCUUUAUCUAAAAUUUGAUUUUGUACAUGGCUAUUGUAGAAUGUUCUAUUGACCUACAUCAAACUUGAGAGGAUCACUAGGAGAAAAUUGUAAUCUCUGUCUUGCUCUGAAAUUUGUUUUAAAAUUAAAUGGCAAAACGAGAUAUUUUUAGUGCUUACACUGCCCUAUCAAGAUCUACUUUACAGAAAUAUUUUUGAAAAUAAUUACAAUUGAAUUACAAUUGAAAAUACCACGUGCAAAUUUUGUAGGGUAAAGACGCGCCAUUUGGUCCACUACAUCAACCCCACAGUUAGUUUGAUUAUAAAACCUUACUGUUUCAGGAAGUUUUUUUCUAUCGACAGCAACAUCUACUGAUUGAUGUAACAAGCUCAACUAAAGCACAUUCUUGUGACUCUUUUCUUGGUAUGUAAUAACUGUUAUUUUUUCGUUGCUGUGGAAUAUACGGGUAACAUACAAUCUUUUUACGCUUUACGCUUAGAGGAACUUCCUUUAUGUUGCGAUUCAAAGUACUUACAAAACGAUGUGAAUCGAUGUGAAGUAGUUAUCUGUCAUAACAUUUUUGCUAUUUUCCAGUUGAUUUUGCAUCAUCCACAAAACAACGUGUUCACCAAAACUUGUGUCUUAAUUAUGUAGAUGAUUAGUACCAGUAUAAGGGUAACCAGUUACAAUAUAUUUUGAUUUCACGCGAGCCAAAAGCCAAAAAUGUAUGCCAAACUUAUCCGACUUAUUUGAUAUGUACUUUGUAAAUGAGCACCUGGCUUUAGAAGACAGUAAUUGUUCGUCCACAGUGAGGUUCAUUUCCGAUUUGUAACAUGCACCACUAUUUUUAAUAAAUCCAUUUUAAACCACAAAGGCUAGAGCAAAUGUGCCGGUUUUCAAUCGUUUAGAUCUCGUUUACGUCAAAUCUGAAAUAUUUUAUAACAUGCUUGAAUCUGUCUCGUGGCAUGAUUUACCUAAAAAACUGAGGACCCCAUACUGUUGACCACAGGCUGUUGAAUGAGAAAUUUUUGGCGCCGUAGACUACUCUUGCGUACAUAAUAACAAGGGCAGCCUUCAGUUCUUCCAAAGUUACAGUCCAUGUGUCAUUUUUCACACAUCGAUGUGCUUCUGUAAUAGUGCGUUUUUUAUAUGAUACACAAGAUACCAAGCACUUACUACACAAUUCUUUACGUUUCUUUUCGUAUACGAAGUAGGACCUGAUUCGUCUUGACAAAUAUUGUGCUAAGGGCGGCGUUCUAUAUUGAUAGUAAACAUUUAAUGAAAAUAAAAAAACCAUAAAUCAUAAUCUUACCAGGCACUGAUCCAGAACCAAUAUCUUUCCAUGUUGUUCCGUCUUUCGAUUGUUCGCAGUCUCAGAUUGAACUAGCUUUUGCUUGUUGACCUCUUUUUCUCUUGCGACUUGGCUUAAAUGCUCUUGAAUUCACAAUAAUAUUAGCUAAAUCGUGUUAUUAAGAAGUAUAAGCAGUGUUUACAUGAAUUUAUAAUUCUUGUACCAUGAAACUUUUCAACUGAUGUUAAGCAUCAGAGGUACUUGAAGCACUAUUUUGUAGUGGUACGUAUUCUUCAUCGUCUGACUCAAUAUUUUUUUAAAUUCAGAUUCUCCUUCGGAAAAAUCUUGUUCUAUUUUUCGCAUUUCUUCAAGAAGUUCAAAUUCUGACAGUUCACGUCGAAGCAUAUUUACAGUCGUCGUAAAUUGUUACAAAUGAACGAAUGUUUCAAUAAUCCAGAGACGAGAUUCAGCAUAAUCUAAUAAAACGCAGGAUAAACAAAAAACUUUCUAGUAACAAACGUAUAUAAAUAUAAUUUUAUCCAUCCGACAGGAAGUUAACUGACACAGGGUCAGUUUGGUCCCUUCAGACUUUUCUGGUAGGUUUUUUAGAAACACCAUUUAAUAAAUUUGGUAAACCAUAUUUUUUUGUGUUAAAUAAGGCUUUAUAUCAAAAUAUUAAAAGUCAUAAAAUAUGAAAUUAUUAUUAUCACAAAUAAAAAACUACAAUAACUUCAAAUCGCAACAGAGGCCAAAUUGGUUCCUCUGACUUUCUAGUAUUAAAAAACAUUUUUUGUAAAAAAAAUAUAUGUUGAAAACAUCUUAUAAUUUGGAUGUCGAAACAAUAAAAAAGAAUUUUUUUAUUACUUGUGGUUAAUUUCCAAAAAUACAUAAUAUAUGAAAAAACUAUACUGUCACAAACAAAAACUUUUGUGAAAUCUUCUUCUUUGGGUGCCGUGUCCGUAUUCAGACGUUGGCCGUCAUCAUGCUUACAAUUUCCUGAAACCUUUCUCUGUCGGCUGCUGCGCGAAAUAAUUCUUCUACUGUGAAACCACACCAUUGUCUAAUAUUACGCAGCCAUGAAAGUUUCUUUCGACCAAUCCAUCUCUUUCCUUCCACUUUUCCUUGUAUUAUAAGGCGAAGUAAAUGGUAUUUGGGUCCUCUAAUUAUAUGGCCGAAGUAUUCUGUUUUUCUCCUCUUUAUGAUGUUUAUGAGCAGACGUUCUGAGUUGAUCAUUUGAAGAACAUCUUCAUUGGAAGUGUGCGAGACCCACGAUAUCUUUAGGAUUCGUCUAUAGCACCACAUUUCGAAUGCUUCUAACUUGUUUAGCAUUGUGGUUUUUAACGUCCAUGUCUCACAACCAUACAAUAGGAUCGACCACACAUAACAUUUCAGGACCUUCUUACGAAUGUUCAUUGACAGGUUUCUGUUGCAUAAAACUGGUUUCCAGGUCAUAAAAGCCUUACGUGAUAUUUCGAUCCUGGAUAUUAUCUCUUCAUCAGAGUCACAAUUUACAUUUAACCAGCUGCCAAGGUAUUUGAAAUGAUUUACCCUUUCUAUCUCUUCUCCAUUAAGAGAAAGCAGACCUUGAUCUAUAUGGAUCUUUCCAACUGCCAUCCACUUUGUCUUUGAAAUGUUGAUUUUUAGGCCUCUCCGAUAACUUGCUUCACUGACUAGAUUUAGUAAUGUUUGGAGAUCUUGUAAACUUUCUGCAAGAAUGGCUGUAUCGUCAGCGUAUCUAAUAUUGUUGAUUACUUCUCCACCUAGUCUUACUCCCUCUUGUCUGUCAUCCAAAGCCUCCCUAAAGAUUUCUUCAGAGUACAGAUUAAAAAGAAUGGGUGACAAAACACAACCCUGCCGUACUCCACGUUUGAUGGGUAUUUUUUCAGUGGGACUGUCUCCAAUUUGGAUAGAGGUUACUCGAUUGUAAUAUAAGUAUUUCAGCAGUCUUAUAUCAUAGUGGUCAAGUCCUGCUGCCCGUAGGCAGUCGAAAAGUGUAUUGUGUUGGACUCUGUCGAACGCCUUCUCGAAGUCGAUGAAUCAAACAUAAACAUUCUUUCGGAAUUCACAACUUUUUUGUAAUAGAACACGCAUACAGAAUAGUGCCUCUCUAGUUCCUAGACCGUUUCUAAAUCCAAAUUGCUUAUCACCCAUCUUACUUUCGCAUAGAAGGAAUACUCGGUUUUGUAUAAUUCGUAAGAGUAUCUUCAGUGUGUGACUCAUCAAACUGAUUAGUCUAAAAUCGCUGCAUUUGGUGGGCCUGCUUUUCUUUGGUAAUGUUAUAAACAGUGACUCUAACCAAUCAUCUGGUAUUUUUCCUUCGUUGUAAAUUUUGUUGAAGAAAGUGGUUAAGCAGGCAAUGCUUUCCUCAUCCAAAAGUUUAAGUAGUUCGGCAGGGAUUUGAUCUGGUCCAGGUGCUUUAUUGUUUUUGGCUUGCUGUAUUGCCUUUUCGACUUCCGAAUUCAGUAUAUUGGGACCUCUGUCCAACUGGUUGUCAUAGGCAGUAUUUGGAGCAUUUUCCCUAGAAGCAUCGUCAAAAAGGUCAGUGAUGUAUCUCUCCCAUUCUUUGCACUGUUGUUCGUGAUCACAAAUUUUUCCGUCCGCGCUUUUAAGUAUGUGAGCAUUUUUCUGUUUUCUAAUUCCGGCAGUAUAUUUAAGUUUCUUAUGCAGGUUGAAGCUGUCAUGCUUUUUUUGGAGGUCUUCUAUUUCUUUACAUAAAUUCUCAAGCCAGGAUUCUUUGGCUUGCUUAAUUUUUCUUUUUAUGCGUUUAUUAAUUUCACGAUAUUCGAUAAUAUUUCUAUUUUUGUGUUGCCGUCGAACUUCCAUCAGAUCUAGAAUUUCUUGUGUCAUCCACUCAUUUUUUGCCAACAUGGUAGGUGUUUUCAAAGACUCUUGUACGUUCUCUAAAAUCGAGUUUUGAAUGGCAUACCAGCAUUCGUUAAUGGUUCUGUUUUCGUUUGGUAUAUUUGAUAUUCUGUGUAUUUUACUAUUUAUUUGCUGUGUUAUGUGUUCGCGAGUUUGAGGGUUUUUCAGGGGGUCGAGAUAUAUCUUACAAGGCUUAUAUUUUGUGAAAUACUUAUAUCUAAAACAUAGUAUAAACAUCCUGUAUUAGAUUUAAUCUUUAAAUAGUAGAUAUACAAUUUCUAGUUUACAGGCUGAAUAUUUUUACCAAACUUGUAAAGAAGUGACUGUGUCUCUACGACUGUUUAAAGUUCUGUAAUAUAGUUUAAGCCUUUUGUUAAUUUUUGAUUGUAACCUAAACGGUAAUAAAAGUUAUUUUGU